AUGUCUACUGCUCCAUCAGAGCUCUGUCCACUGAACAUUGCCACCAGCUUGCGGAUGUCUUGGACUCCAGCUCAAGGUCUUCGCAGAGGUCGCAGAGGAGAUCAGGAGGCAAGAACAAACUCCAGCGUAUAUGCCUGUAGAUUUGCUGAGUUUGGAGUCAGUGAAUUCGAUGACCACCGUUUGCACGCCAGGCCAAUUCGAAGCGCAUUUGUAUCGCAUGUCGUGAUAGUCAAAGAUGGCCAGGCUAUCAGGCUGUACUACAGCACAGAUGUGGCUCUUGUGGCCUCUUCGCUGCCUGGAUCAUAA